AUGGAUAGACCAAAUGAUGUAGAUUCCACGAACAUGAUCACAGAAAUGCCAAUAGAUGCUGCAGAAACUGUAGAGAUGGUUGAAGCUGUAGAGGAUGCCGAGAAGCCCCUAUACAUAAGGUGUCAUAAUUUCACAAAGUUAUCUGCAAUCAUUCAACUACUCAACUUGAAGAAAGGAAACGAAAUGUACAGUAGUACAUAUGAGGUGAAAAAAGCAUUUAAGGCAAUGGGUUCAGGAAACGAAUACACAGACUUGGCAGCAUGUCCUACUUAUGGUAAAUCAAGAUGGAAGGUUGAUGAACAAAAAAAUAAAAUUUACAACAAUAUUCCUGCAAAAUGUUUGUGGUACUUCCCAAUUAUUCCACGCUUCAAGCGUCUUUCCCAAUCUAAGACAACUACAAAAGAUUUAACAUGGAACGCAACAGAAAGAAAGGUGGAUGUUGGCGUUUUAAGUCACCCAGCUAAUUCACCAGCAUGGGCUGCCAUUGAUGACAAAUAUCCUGAUCUUGCUUGCGAACCAAGAAAUUUGCGACUAGGCAUUUCGGCGGAUGGGGUUGAUAUGAAUAGAGGAAAUAGGAGUCAUAGUGUUUGGUCUGUUUUAACUGUCAUUUACAACCUUCCACCAUGGUUGUGUAUGAAGAGAAAGUUCAUCAUGCUUUCGUUAUUGAUUUCGGGAACACCAGGAAACAAUAUUGAUGUGUUCCUAGCACCUUUUAUUGAUAAUCUGCAAUUAUUAUUUGAUUUUGGAGUUGCAACAUACGAUGCAUAUGCACAAGAGCAUUUUAAACUACACGCAGUUGUGUUAUGGACUAUUAAUGAUUAUCCUACUUUAGGUACAUUAAGUGGUUGCCCAUACAACGAUUUUCAAGGUUAUGCUGUGUGUGGUGAAGAGACACAGUGCAUUAGACUCUCUGAAUCGAAUAAGCAGGGUUAUGCUGGUCAUAGAAGAUUUCUACCGUAUGGUCACCCGUCCAGAAGACAAAAGAAGGAAUUCAAUGGACAACAAGAGUUCUCACCCUCUCCAGAACCUAUGAAUGGGGAGGAAAUAUAUAACAGAAACGUGGGUGAGAGUUUAACAAGAACUGUUUUGAACGUUCCCGAGAAGACGAAAGAUGGUUAUAAAGCUCGAUUGGAUUUGGUUCAUUGUGGUUUAAAACCAGAGCUGCAUCCUCAGAUAGAAGGGAACAACACAACACUUCCCGCAGCAGGUUGUACAUUGACAAAAGAGGAAAAAGACAAAUUAUGUGAGACUUUAUACAACUUAAAGGUUCCUCAAAGCAAAGAAAUCAUAGUGGAUGAGCUCGAUAAGUUGCAAGAGGAGUUAUGUGUAACCUUAUGUCUUCUUGAGAAACACUUUCCACCAUCAUUUUCUAAUGUGAUGAUUCAUUUAAACGUUCAUCUCACUAGGGAAGUAAAAUUAUGCGGUCCAAUAUUCUUUAGAUGGAUGUACCCAUUCGAAAGGUUUAUGAAGGUUAUUAAGGGGUACGUUCGAAACAAAAAUAGACCAGAAGGAUGCAUUGCAGAAGAGAAUGUUACAGAAGAGACAAUUGAGUUUUUUAGUCAAUUCCUUAAAAGGAUGGUUACUGUCGGUAUUCCACCUGACAAUCAUAACAAUUGUGGAAUUCAUAAAAGUGUAGAUAGUAGCUCUAUUGCGGAUAGUACUCCUGUAUCAGCUGCUAAAUCGGUAGAAGUUUUUGCAGAACUAUUCAACAAAGCACAUUUCUUUGUAUUGCAAAAUACAUCCGAAGUACUCCUAUAUAUCAAAAAUGGGGUAAAAAGGGAUAAAUUGGGAUACACACUAGUUGAACUAAAAAGAUUAGGCCAUAAAGGUGAUCCCUUCAUAUUGGCCUCACAAGCACAACAAGUAUUUUACGUGACAGACCUACUCGAUCAAAAAAUGUCUAUUGUGUUCAAGACACCUCCCAAAAAUUACAAAGAUACAUAUGAAGAUGUAGAUGAAUAA